GGUCUCCAGGGGGCUGCUCGUCAUCGAGCUUUACUGCUGUCUUACCAGGGGCGGACUGGCCAAGGUUAGUCAGUCAAUUGAAGCCUCAGUGGUUGGAUGGGAACAGGGGUCCCACAGCGUACUGUCCCCUAUUCCCUGUGAGACCCUCCAAAGUGUCUCUCCUCCCUAAUUGGAAACACAUAUGCCAAGAGGGACCCUUGACCCCUGUUUGAAGAGGGGAGAUGGGGGAAGUGACUCCCUAAUGUCUCUAGGAGAGAAGCUACUGUCCCACAGGGAAGUCUCUUUGUGUAGCCUCCAUAAUGUAGUACUGAACCUCCUUAUAGUACCUCGCUUGGCCCUCCCCCUCGCUCCACGUCCCUGCUCUACCAUUUAAUUUACUCCUCAGAUUUGUUGGGGAGGGCUGGCGUGGCGGAAGUGUGGGCUGUGUGUCUGCACGUCACAAGGGAACGCUGCAUGGAAAUCCAAUCAGAACGAGAGAGCGGGACAGGACACUCCAUCCCGACUGGACUUGUACUUAUGUGGCGGGAAACACACAGGCAGUGGAGCCAGUCCUGGGAACUACAGGGGUGAUGGUGAUUGUGUGUGUGUGUGUGGUCAUUGUGUGUGUGUGUGUCUGUGUGAGACUGAGCAUGGUUAGUGGCAGGAAUGCCAUCAGUGUGCAGGGGGGAUCACUGUGCUUCUUGCUUCUUGCUCUAUCUCUAUCCCUCCCUCUCUCUCUGUGUGCUAUUGAACUGUGGGGAAACUGGCUUUACUGUGGGGAAGUCCCAGAGCGAAAUGGGAACCAAUUCCCUGGGGAACGCAUUAUUAUUGCAACGCAUGUUGCAGUUGAAAGACUGUUGGGAGGCAAUAGUUGAUUUUUGUCAUUUGUAGCCUCUGAAGUGGUCGUUGGAACACAGACUGAGUUUACAGCCCUGAAAUCAUGGGUUUUCACUUCAGACAAUAACAGGGAAUUUAUUUAAGGAAGCUGUAAGCCACAGCCCUAUUAGUCCAUAUGCAUAAAUCACAUGUGAUGCUUUGAAACCCUUUUAUGGUGUACCUCAGUGCUGUGUCUGUGAAUGAGAUAUAGCCAUUGACCACUCAACUGCAUAGAAAUACAUUGAACGCCUAAGUAACUAACUGCAUGUACAGUAUAACAGGCGGAAGUCCUUUUUUACUAUUAAAAACCGUUUUUACUAUCCCUGUGUGGCCUCUUCAAGUCAAGCCCUGUUUGUUAUGCUAGCUGAGUUACAUGUUAACAUCCCACGGCCAUUCACAGAGUAAAUCCCCAUCAAGUCAGGGGAAUAUUUAUAAAAUCUAGAAAACUGGAACUGUAUAGUUGGUCAGCUUUUCCGUCAGUACAUAAUUUUUUUGUGUUUGGCCUCAAUUAUUUAGACAACUCAAAUAAAGUUAGAAAUGUUUACAUACGCAGACUUUGCAAUAUGAAACCCAAUACUAUGCUUCUAUGUAAAUGAAGACUGUUAAGAUUAAUUUUACAUUGUAAACUAAUGGGUGCGGAGGGAUACAAGAUACAUCAAAAUUCGUCCUGCGUUCAGCUAUCUCUCCUGUUAAUUUGAAUUCCUAGGUUUGACUGUUGCAUGUCUCAGCCAGGUCUAACCAAUUAUGUUGUACCAAUGAUCUGAUUUACAGUAUGUGUGUAUGGCUCUAACCUGUGUCUCUGCCCUGUGUGUGUUUGAUAGUGGAGGCCGAUAGAGAGAUGUCGCCACACAGACUGCACCACAAGGAGUUCAAGUUCAACCUGUCCCAGAUCCCUGAGGGAGAGGCCGUCACCGCUUCCGAGUUCCGCCUUUACAAGGAGUGUGUGAGCCGGACCUUCCGCAACGAGACCCUCCUGCUCAACGUCUACCAAGUGGUACAGGAGCACCCCAACAGGUAACACAGACACACCGAUACACCCUGCAUUCACUCACAGUCCAGUCUUUAGAAUAUGUAAAUCUGGUGAAAAUAUGAUCAUAUCAUCAUGCCCUUUUCACAGUCAAAUAGCUUGGUGCUUGCUAUUGUUAUAUACAUGGGUUUACUUUAUAUCAGGGCUAGCUUGUUGUCAGUUGUACUGGUUGAAAGUGCUGCAGCGAUGAAAUGUUAUCACAUACAUUUGAGGUAUAGAAGUAUAGUAUUCGAAAGGGCUGCUGAGGCAAAAUCCUCCAUAAAACACGGACGGACCUCUAUGGAAUCCUCUCUCUAGUCCCCAUUUGGUUAUGCUCCCAAUGAGCUGUCUGACACUGGGAUGACAUGAACAAUACAUUAUAAUACCUGACCCUAAGACUAAGUGAACACUGAGAUAUGAUGAGACCAUCCCAUUCUCAACCUCCUGCUACGCUGUCCUCUUAGUCAGUCCUGAGCUUGUCCAGAUGAGGGGAAAAGUAUACUGUAUGCAAAGGGAGGGCUUAGCUACAUGCACAUCUCCAGCCAUUGAUUACACGUUAGUGUAGCGUAGGCAGCAUCCUCUCCUGGCCUGGGGAUUGAUAGGGUGUUGGUGAAUUUAGCCAAGGCUCCUCUCUCUGUCGCUGUGGAAGACAGACUUCCAGAUCUGGUUUUCUGGCAUGUAUUUUCUGUAGAAUGAGGCAUGACCACAACACCUUACUGAAAUAGCUUGUCUUUAGUAGAGUCCUAAAAAGAGUAGCAAGGCCAACACAGGCCAAACAUUUACAUUGUGGCUGCUGGGAGAGACGUCCCACGCAGAGACAACGGCCAAUGAGAUAGCUGGAGGGUAUAUAUAUUUUUUAAACAUUGACCAAUGGGAGACGAUGUAAGAUUAUGCAGUUGUUCAUUGAGGCACUUUUCAAAAGCCACAAAGAGUUGCAUAAUAUGUCCCAAAAUGUUUGUCCCAUGGCUUUGUAAAAUGGGCUCUUCUCUGUUUUCCUCCUCAUGUGUAGUGAUGCAGUUGGAUUAUUACAUUUGCCGUGUACGUUUAUGGUUGUCUACAAGUCCUCAAUUCAAUUAAAGUUGUAAAGACAGUUGUUCUUUUUUACAUUUUUGCUGGAUUCUUCUUUUUCUCAAAGCGUUUCUAUGUCUAUCAUGAGGUACUUGUUUGCCACAUUCCUUUAUCUUUACAAUAGACGGUUUGUGCUCUGCUGCCCACAGGCAAAGCCUUUUUAUUUAAUCGUUUUGAUAUUUGGAGAUUAAAGGGGCCAUAUAUCUCCAAUUAUUGUAGGACAAGGUUUUACUUUGAAGCAAAUUAUAUAGUUUGGUUCGUGGGCUCUCCGAGAAACUUGCUUUGUGCUUGCAAAUCCUAAAUACUUGUGCGGCUUGCAAAACACAUUUGCUGACAAACAGAUUAAUUUGCAAGUUGUUCAAGUCUUGGAAGUUGUAAUUGCUUUGAUUAUAGCUCCUAAUCUUUAAUAAGCGCACAAGUAGGGCUGAAGUUUCAUAAAAGCCACAAGAUAGGAAAAAAAUAUAAAUCCUUGCAUAAGGAUUAAUUUGCGACAGUAAUGUCUCUGGUAGUUGUUCUUAAAGUCAUGCAAAACUUGCCUCUGAAAUCUGAAGUCAGCAGGCGGUCUUCAAACUCUGGGGUUUCCACUCCUCCCUUGUUUCCAGUUAAGAGGCUUCUGUUGUGACCCUCAGCAAUAAUGAUAAGCUGUAGAAUUAUACUACAGUAUUCACUUGAUUGGGGUGGUUUGUUUGGCAGUACGCAAGGAAUGCAAGGUCUUGCAGAUAAUGUUUUGAUUGCAAAGAAUGUGGCCUUAGUCAGUGCAAAAAAUGGCAGGUUAAUAUGCACUGGUAUGUGUUUAUUUCCUUACUAAAUAACAUUACUACAUAGGUCCACAUUCUCUCUCAACAACACCCAAUAAAUCAGUACAUAUUUAGCAUGGUGUUCUUGAGAACUGUGACGUAAUUAUUUUGUUUCCAAGUCUUGUCACCAGUCUAAAACUGAAUGUACGUUAGAACAGGACAAGCCGUCUAAACAACAGCCCGAUAUGGUGCAUUUUUAACUGCAUUAAUUUGACAGGGCCAGUAAAGGAGAUUUAGUGGAACCAAAAAACACAAAACGUUGACAUAUGACCUUAUUAUUCCAGUUCAUUUAAGCAGUCAAUAAGAGGCUUUACAGUAGAGCUUUAGUGCCACAUCCCCCUGUGGCUCCCAGAUGGACCCCCUGCCAGUCCACGGGCUUUAAAAUGGCUGCCUCGAUCAAAAUGAGUCAGCACCGACCCACCGGACCCACGCUGUGCCAAACGUGUGAACUACCUCGAGGGGGGCAUUGGGAACGGCCUCAUAUGGAAGCCCUCAGAAACACUCUCAUUAAUGAGCAAUAACAAGGGGCUGCCGAUGCAUGACUGCAGGGGCAUUCCGGGAACACCUGGGAGUUUGUGGGGCUUUGAUGUGUGGCCUUGGGAGGGCCCGGCAGCCUUGCACUCUCUUUACAGUAAUGGGGAUGUGACAGACCUCUUUUCUCUCCUUCUCUCUCUCUUUCAUUGGGUUGUUGUUGUCUUUUGCACCUGAGACCUAGCUACAGUGGGGCAGGGCAGGGGAGUGGUGGUGGUGGGGUGAUGUUACGAAGUAGAGAAAUGUUACACAAUGUAAAAAAAUUGUCCUGUGUGGCUGAGUUGGUAGAACAUGGUGCUUGCAACUUCAUGAUCAUGGGUUUGAUUCCUGCUGGGGCCACUCGUACGAAAAUGUAUACAUGCACUACUGUAAGUUGCUUUGGAUAAUAUAAUAUAAUAUAUUAUUACAAAGUCAAGUCAAGUGUCCCAUAGACUCUUGAUGUGCAGAAAUUGGCAAUCACAACCAUACCAAAAAUGUAUUUGACAUAUUUUAUUUAACCAGGAAGUCCCAUUGAGGUCAGAAGACAUCUUACUCAUGUUUACAGAAUAGGAAUUAGCUAGGGAGCAUGUUCUUAGUGUAAAGUGCCAAAAUCCCUGAAUGUAAGCUGUAAGAACACGUGAAAGUCAUACUGACAUGCUACAGUAUCUGUUAUGUUAGUGUACCGGUCUUUGAUGUACAUUUGUAUACUUCUCUAAAGAUGGGAAACCUGCUAGCUGCCCCUCAGUCAUGGCUGCUUGUUGUGACCUGUGCCCCCAGGGAAGCAGACCUGUUCCUGCUGGAGUCUAGCAGGCUGUGGGCAGCCGAGGAGGGCUGGCUAGAGUUUGACAUCACAGCCACCAGUAACCUGUGGGUGAUGAGUCCCCACAACAACAUGGGCCUCCAGAUCAGAGUGGAGACCAGCAGCGGUGAGCACCAUGCUAAAUUAGAAACAUAUGAUAACAGCUAACAUUGGAAACAUGAAAACAGCUAACAUUGGAAACAUGCUAACAGCUAACACUGGAAACAUGCUAACAGCUAACAUUGGAAACAUGCUAAUGGAUAACAUUAGAAACAUAUGCUAACGCUAACAUUAGAAACAAAUGCUAACAGCUAGCAUUGGAAACAUGCUAACUAACUUUAGAAUUUUCAUCUUGAAAUGUUAACAAUAGUGGGCAAUAAUAGUGUGGCUUUUUUAGACCACUUAAUGGACACUCGACAUCCAUCAAAGGAAAAAUACAGACAUUUUUCACUAAUAUAUCAGUAGGGUGUAUGAUACUCUUCCAGGUAUGCUAUGCUCAGUAAACUGUAGCCCAUUCAGUGUGUCCAAGUGAUUGACGGCUGGCCCCUCUGGAAAAUAGGGCGGAGCAUUAGCUCCAAGGAGGCGGGGCUAGUUGGGCGUGACGGAGCGCUGGAGAAGCAGCCCUUCAUGGUGGCCUUCUUCAAAGUCAGCGAGGUGCACAUCCGCACCGCCCGCUCCACCAACAAGCGCAACAAGAACCGCAACCGCCCCACCCAGCCCCAGGAAGGAGGCUCCAGGGGCCCAAGCCCAGCAGGUGGGUCCAUAGUCUGACUAACACCCAGUUAAACCCUUUUCAUUCUAUCGUGCCGAGUGCCGACACAAACCGUACUGUGCUGGCUUGGAUAUCUUUUUUUUACAUUGUCGUUUCCAGCGUGGUUCCAGCAAUUAUGGUGGAUCCGUAACCAUGCUAGUUCAUUACAGCUCAGUAGUGUGAAUAGUGUAUAACAGUGUGAGGAUUGGGUUUUGCUUUGUUUUACUUGUUUGCUCAAUUCAGUACGUGGAAAGUUUCUUUGGAUUUGUACAUAUUAUUCACUGUUAGAAAAUCAAUCAAUAUUGUAGCUGGGGACUUUAACAAAGCAAAUUUGAGGAAAAUGCUACCGAAAUUCUAUCAACACAUUGCCCGUAGUACUCGUGCUUCAAAAACUCUCCACCAUUGUUAAUGUCCCUUCCGGGAUGGAUAAAAGGCCCUCCCCCCUUCGGCAAAUUAGAUAACGACUCCAUUCUGCUCCUCCCUUCCUAUAGGCAGAAACUCAAACAGGACACACCCGUGCUAAGGUCUAUUCAACGCUGGUCUGACCAAUAGGAAUCCAUGCUUCAAGAUUGUUUUGAUCACGCGGACAGGGAUAUGUUCCGGGUUGCCUCUGAGAAUAACAUUGACGUAUACGCUGACACGGUGACUGAAACCUGCCCAAACCAAAAACCGUGGAUAGAUGGCAGCAUUCACGCAAAACUGAAAGCGUGAACCACCGCAUUUAACCAGUAUUCAGACCCUUUGCUAUGAGACUCGAAAUUGAGCUCAGGUGCAUCCUGUUUCCAUUGAUCAUCCUUGAGAUGUUUUUACAACUUGAUUGGAGUCCACCUGUGGUAAAUUCAAUUGAUUGGAUAUGAUUUGGAAAGGCACACACCUGUCUAUAUAAGUUCCCACAGUUGACAGUGCAUGUCAGAGCAAAAACCAAGCCAUGAGGUUGAAGGAAUUGUCCGUAGAGCUCUGAGACAGGAUUGUGUCGAGGAACAGAUCUGGGGAAGGGUACCAAAACAUUUCUGCAGCAUUGAAGGUCCCCAAGAACACAGUGGCCUCCAUCAUUCUUAAAUGGAAGAAGUUUGGAACCACCAAGAAUCUUCCUAGAGCUGGCCGCCCAGCCAAACUGAGCAAUCGGGGGAGAAGGGCGUUGGUCAAGGAGGUGACCAAGAACCCGAUGGUCACUCUGACAGAGCUCCAGAGUUCCUCUGUGGAGAUGGGAGAACUUUCCAGAAGGACAACCAUCUCUGUAGCCCUCCACCAAUCAGGCCUUUAUGGUAGAGUAGCCAGAUGGAAGCCACUCCUCAGUAAAAGGCACAUGACAGCCCGCUUGGAGUUUGCCAAAAUGCACCUGAAGGACUCACAGACGAUGAGAAACAAGAUUCUCUGGUCUGAUGAAACAAAAAUUGAACUAUUUGGCCUGAAUGCGAAGCGUCACGUCUGGAGGAAACCUGACACCAUCCCUACGGUGAAGCAUGAUGGUGGCAGCAUCAUGCUGUGGGGAUGUUUUUCAGUGGCAGGGACUAGGAAACGAAUCAGGAUCGAGGGAAAGACGAACGGAGCAAAGUACAGAGAGAUCCUUGAUGAGAACCUGCUCCAGAGCGCUCAGGACCUCAGACUGGGUCGAAGGUUCACCUUCCAACAGGACAAAGACCCUAAGCACACAACCUAGACAACGCAGGGGUGGGUUCGGGACAAGUCUCUGAAUGUCCUUGAGUGGCCCAGCCGGAGCCCGGACUUGAACCCGAUCGAACAUCUCUGGAGAGACGCUCCCCAUCCAAACUGACAAAGCUUGAGAGGAUCUGCAGAGAAUAAUCUGAGAAACUGCCCAAAUACAGGUGUGCCAAGCUUGUAGCGUCAUACCCAAGAAGACUCAAUGCUGUAAUCGCUGCCAAAGGUGCUUCGACAAAGUACUGAGUAAAGGGUCUGAAUACUUUCUUUUUUCAAAAGAAAAGCAAUUUUUUUGUCCAUUAAAAUAACAUCAAAUUGAUCAGAAAUACAGUGUAGACAUUGUUAAUGUUGUAAAUGGCUAUUGUAGCUGGAAACGGCUGAUUUAUAAUGGAAUAUCUACAUAGGCGUACAGAGGCCCAUUAUCAGCAACCAUCAGUCCUGUGUUCCAAUGGCACGUUGUGUUUGCUAAUCCAAGUUUACAUUUUAAAAGGCUAAUUGAUCAUUAGAAAACCCUUUUGCAAUUAUGUUAGCACAGCUGAAAACUGUUGUGCUGAUUAAAGAAGCAAUAAAACUGGCCGCCUUGAGACUAGUUGAGUAUCUGGAGCAUCAGCAAUUGUGGGUUCGAUUACAGGCUUAAAAUGGCCAGAAACAAAAAACUCUCUUCUGAAACUCGUCAGUCUAUUCUUGUUCUGAGAAAUUAUGGCUAUUCCAUGCGAGUAAUUGCCAAGAAACUGAAGAUCUCGUAAAACGCGGUGUACUACUCCCUUCACAGAACUGCGCAAACUGGCUCUAACCAGAAUAGAAAGAAGAAGGUUAUUUGUUUCUGGCCAUUUUGAACCUGUAAUCGAACCCACAAUUGCUGAUGCUCCAGAUACUCAACUAGUUUCAAGAAGGCCAGUUUUAUUGCUUCUUUAAUCAGCACAACAGUUUUCAGCUUUGCUAACAUAAUUGCAAAAGGGUUUUCUAAUGAUCAAUUAGCCUUUUAAAAUGAUAAACUUGGAUUAGCAAACACAACGUGCCAUUGGAACACAGGACUGAUGGUUGCUGAUAAUGGGCCUCUGUUCGCCUAUGUAGAUAUUCCAUUAAAAAUCAGCCAUUUUCAGCUACAAUAGUCAUUUACAACAUUAACAAUGUCUACACUGUAUUUCUGUUAUUUUAAUGGACAAAAAAAAUCAUUUUCUUUUGAAAACAAGGACAUUUCAAAGUGAGCCCAAACUUUUGAACGGUAGUGUAUGUAAAUGUGAUAUUUAAGUUUUUUAUUAAUACAUUUGAGAAAAUUUCUAAAAACCAGUUAUUGCUUUGUCAGUAUGGGGUAUUGUGUGUAGAUAGGCCUCCUGUAGCUCAGUUGGUAGAGCAUGGCGCUUGCAACACCAGGGUUGUGGGUUCGAUUCCCACGGGGGGCCAGUAUGAAAAAUGUAUGCACUCACUAAAUGUAAGUUGCUCUGGAUAAGAGCGUCUGCUAAAUGACUAAAAUGUCAAUGUAAAUGUAGAUUGAUGAGGAAACAAACAAUUUAAUCAAUUUUAGAAUAAGGCUGUAACGUAACAGAAUUUGGAAAAGGUCAAGGGGUCUGAAUACUUUCCGAAUGCACUGUAUAUAUUUGUACUCCAGACUCCAACAUUGCUCAUCCUAAUAUUUAGAUAUUUAUUUUACUUUUAGAUAUGUGUGUAUUGUUGUGAAUUGUUGAAUAUUACUGCACUGCUGGAGCUUUGAUCACAAGUAUUUUGCUACAUCUGCAAUAACAUCAGCUAACUGUGUAUGCGACCAAAACAAUUUGAUUUGAAUCAAACCCAACUGCACCGUACAACUACCCCACAACAUCACACUUCACACUCACACAAAGCACAAGACAAUAUUCAAACAUCUGCAAGCCGAGCAGGGAAGCUCUCGAAGCACCGGAUUUGUGUAAUAUGGUGAGGUGUGCUGUCAUUGAUGGGGACAUCUAAAACAAAUAAAGAGACAGAGAGAGGGAAACUACCCCUAGAUGCAUGAACUCAUCAUUCGAGAGUGCACUUUACAGUACCUGCCCUCUGCCCCCGCUUCAUACUUAGCGGCUGAUGUUAUGAACAGGUAUGCAGGCAAAUUAAAUUAGGCUCUAAUCCGGCUACCCGUCAGCCAUCAUCCCCUGGCUCCGUCAUAACACUAGCAUAACGUUAGCCUUUGCUGAACAUAAAGCUGUCCCUGUGAGGGGGGAUCCCAGUGCUUUUACAGCAGGAAGAGCUGUGAUUCAGAGGGCUUUGUGGCUAAUAUCGGCCUGAUCCCAGCACUAAUUUGACGGAUGAGGCCCGGGCUAAUAUUAAGCCCUUAUGGCUAGGGCCACGGGGUCAGCUACUCAGCUUCGUAACCGUCGACGUUACAAUAGCAGCUCAAGUGAUUUCCCUCACUUCCUCAGUUUCACGUCAUCUGUUUUGAUGGCGAUACCAUCCAAAGGCUAGAGGUGUUGUUGGAUUAUAUUAAUCGGAGCUCUGCUGUUUUUUUUCCCGUUUCUGGAACACAUCAUAGUUCAUCUUUAUUUAACCAGGAGUCUGAAGUUAUUCGUUUGUGGUUCCAUCUCAGUGGUUCAUCACACCAAUCAUUCUGUACAGAAUCUGCCAUAUCUGCUUUGCUGUAGAGUCUAGAGUUCUAGACGUGACAUUAUGGCCAUUCUCUUCUCAGUAGUGCAGUGUCGAUCAGAUAAAACCCCUCAGAACAGAACAGAGCAGGACAGUGGAGAACAGAACAGAGCAGGCUCCCAGACCCAGACCAGUGUGCUGGUGCUCAAGCUAAUGAGGACAAUCUGUUGAACCAACGUGUCCUGAAGGAUAGGACUUUAUGUAACCCAAAACAUCAAUCCCUCGGCCUCGCCACUUGGGAUGUCUGGAGCGUAAAUAUUUAGAUCCUGCGCAGGAAGUUGCGAGGCCCUUGUGACAGCAAGUGGCGAUGAUCAGGCGGACUUGCAAGGCAUGUGGUUCCAAUACCGCAUCACUCACUCACUUCACAGGCUCUGAGGAAGAGAAGAAGGAUAGAUGGAUAAAGGGAGCAUCCUUCUUCUGUGCUGCUCUGAGGGAGAAACAAAUAGGGACAGUGCCUCAUUGUUUAGCAUCUGAUGGGACCACCAUCGCCCCGUCUUUACAGUUUACAAUUCAUAUAAACAAAUCAAUGUAGCUACACACCAGAAUAAUAGUAUGCAUAAUGCUUAAGAAGACAACACACAGCCACAGCCAAGUCAUGGGCUCUGUUCCAACAUCCACACUAGCAUACCACUUAAAAUACAUACCCAAUACAUUGCUUCAUUCUAAGUGGUAUGCUAGUAUGAAUAUUGGCAAAUAACCAUGGGCUCAUCAUAUAGGUGUCCUAUAUGCUAAACAAUAAGCCUACAAUUUUAUUUUUUAUUUUAUUUUACCUUUAUUUAACUAGGCAAGUCAGUUAAGAACAAAUUCUUAUUUACAAUGACGGCCUACACCGGCCAAACCCGGACGACGCUGGGCCAAUUGUGCGCCGCCCUAUGGGACUCCCAAUCUCGGCCGGUUGUGAUACAGCCUGGAAUCGAUCCAGGGGGUCUGUGGUGACGCCUCAAGCACUGAGAUGCAGUGCCUUAGACCGCUGCGCCACUCAGCAGAAGAAAACCCUAUCCGACAAACAAAAUCACACCUAAGUGUAACAUACAUACUGAGUUCCUUUGAGAGGGGAAGUUUGUACUGUAACUGUACGCUUGGAAACGAGAGAGAAAAAGAACAGUACGACACCUUUAAAGGACAGUACGACACCUUUAAAGAACUGUACUACACCUUUAAAGAACAGUACUACACCUUUAAAGAACAGUAUGACACCUUUAAAGGUAAUUUGGGGUUUGGGGCGGUAAUGGAAGCCGGGCUUGGCCCUUUAACGACCUGUCCCAGACCUGUCAUUACCCAGGCCAGUCAUUAGCCGCUCGCUAAAAGACUGACCAAGUUAACAGUAUUGCUUAAAGAAUUCUAAUAACACGGCGCUGUCCAGCUGUGUGUUUUCAUCUCUGCCUCUCCUCCUCCAGUCUCCCUUUGUUUACUGUUGGUGUAAUUAGACAUUGGCGAGCUCUGCAGAGGGUUUAAUAACCUCCCUGAUGAAAGACAGGAAGAAAGAUAAACUUCAGUAGAAGAGGGAGUGAGGGAGGGAGGGAGAAAAAAAACUACAUGGACACAGACAGACAACAGUCACAUUCUCUUUUAAGUCUUCAUGGGAGUUUGAAGAAGCUAGCCCAUUCUCUCUCUCUCUCUUGUUAGGAAAACCCUGUUAUUUUGGGAAUGCCGCGGCCUAUUAGCCCAGCGUUCCAUCACCGCCUCUCGACAGGCACAGCGGCUUGUGUAAUUGCUACUGUAAAAAGGGGCAGUGUUUUAAAAUGGCUUCAGUUUUUUUUUGGGGGGGGGUUCAGGAAUAAACCAUGGAAUUACUGUGUGCAGUUCAGCACCUUUAGCCCAACUGUUUUAAGGCCCUUUUGAACUGUAGUCUAUGGUAAUAAGGAGGCCAGGUUUUUCAGGUUAGAAGUGUAUGAAAGCCCCUUGGGAUCAGCAGUAGCUGUGGUGGCAUUACAUUUUACAGGCAGGAAGGAGAGAGGUGGUUUAUGGGUCCCAAUAAUCUGGCCUUUACACUCACUCAAUGAAAGUCCACAGUAAAUAUCAGCUUUAUUUCUGUUUAACAGCCCCUUGACUGUAAAUACUGAUGGUUAUAAAGACAGAGAGAUGCAACUGAAACAAGGUGUAUGUGUGUAUUCCUGUCUGUUAGAAUGUAUCUGUGUGUGUGCUUUCAUGCACGUAUACACUUACAGAAAGUAUGUCUCAGAGCAUGGUGUAUUUAUUUACUUUAGUGUGUGUGUGUAUUCAACCUUCAGAACUUUUCCACCUGGUCACCCCAGUCCUCUGGUCCCCUUAGCCCUUUCAGACAUUGUCCUGCUACAUGUCAAACUGUACCAGGGUGCUUGUUAAAGCAGCUGCCCAGGGCAGGGAGGGAGUUUCAGUGACACGGUCCCCACCCUGUGAUUUGGCUGGGAGCUGAAUUUCUGGGCCGUAAAGCAGGGCCAUCGGGGCCUGUGUCUGUGGAGGCAGGCAGGUCACACCUCGCCAUGUGAGAGGAACACUAGCCCCAGGGGACAGGGGUUAAGUACCCUCUCGAGACCGGCUCCAGGGCCUCAGUGAGAGGCGGAUUUAUCUCUGUAAAUAUUUACCUUGCAGAGGCACAGCCGAGGGGAACCCAGACCGUCCCGGGGGCUAACAGGCUAGGCAGGCAGGUUGACCCAGAGGCUAUGGCAGCCCUGUCCUGCGUUAGGACAGAUACUGUAGCUACACCCCUCCUCUAUCGCCCCCAUAUCGACACAAACCAUCAGCUGACACCCAGAGAACACACAGGAAAGAACACAGGAAACACCUGAGUGUCUCCGACGGUAACAGCCGGGAUGACCUCUCAACCCUGCUCUUGUGACCAGAUGCCACCUUUUCUAUUUUCCGCCUCGGCUUGAGUUAACCCCCCAGUCAGGGGACUGCUGCACUUAUGUUGAAGUCUUUCCAGUUCCAAUGGGAAGCGAGUGGCGGCUAUUUUUAAUUGCCGUGUUUCAGGGCAACUCUCUCUCUCUCUCUCUUUGCUCGCCUUGUGUCGUCAUUGGGAGCAGGCACACGUGUCUGGGCUUGUUCUGUUUAUGUGAAUUCAAUCUAAUUAGUAAUUACAUCAUAAUGUCAUUAUGGUUAUGAAUCCAGAUUAUGGCUCUCUAAUAACGACGGCUGAGUGGGUCCGCUGAAAACAAAACAAAUAAAAGCGUUCAUUUUGACGGCCUGGUAAGAGCCUGCACUGUGUAGAUCGCUCGCUUGCAUUGAUAAAUUGGAGAGUGGAGCCACUUGGUCAUAGGACGGUACAGUAAGGGCAGUGAGUUAGUUCAACUCAACACUCCACACCUAGCUAACUAAAUAAACUGGUGUAAUGACUGGGUCCUGGUCUCCAGGGGGGAACAGACAGGGCAGGAGGGGGUCUGUGAGUGACUCGUCCCUGUCCCCCAUUACUUUGACACACACACACACACAAACAAAGAGAUGGUUCUCUCUGCCACCCCCGAUGCCCACCUGGGCCCCAGACUGCAUGCCAUAUAGCCUGGCAUGGUUUGCCCACUGUUGGCUUUAAUGGAGGUCCUACAGCAGGAAGUAAUGCCAGUCUGUGCUGAUAUGAUAGCUCUCCUCACGCUCUCUCUGUUUAGUAGACGGGGGGAAACGAACGCAACAACAAAAAAUCAGCAGGUGGACUCAACGUCGUCAGUGGAAAGUCUGAGUCACCCGUUUUGACAUCAGAACGCCGGCCGGUGCCAGCAAUGACCUUCCCCUCUGAAACACCAUACCUGUGGUUGACACCCGCUGAGUCGCUAACUCUGUGACUCUGCGGCUGGGUGGGACGACAGGGAGAUGAGUAAAACAAACUGCGGAGAGAGGAGGGCAGUUAUAAACAUGCUUGUCAUUGGCAUCCGACCCAAUGCAUCCAAAAGCCGACCAAUUCAAUUUGGCACGCUUUCAAAUUCAUUUAUCUUCCAAGUGAAUGUGAGCCACGUAAAAUAAUACAUUACACAAAUGAACACAUUAUGUUACUGUGAACUGGUGUAACACCCAUAUAAACGUGUCAUACUACCCAAUAUGAUAUAUGACAGCGGAGGCAUAUGAUUAUGAUUCAACCCUGACUUAUCUUGCUAGGUCUUUCUUCCCAUUUAGAAUACAACAGCAGUGACCAGAAGACGGCCUGUAGGAGACAUGAGCUCUACGUCAGCUUCCGGGAGCUGGGCUGGCAGGUAAGGAUCAACCCCCCCCCCCCCCCCCCAGUAAUUGCAGUGACACACUGGUGGACUACAGUACCCAUAAUGUCCCAUUUGAUCAGAGUAAAGAGUUUUCAAUACAAUACAGACAUGAGGCAAACAUCACAUGUCAAAGAGAAGGUCAAUGAAGACACGGGUUGCAAAAAUACGGUAACUUUCCCAAAAUUCCCUGGUUUUUCCAGAAAACCUGCAAAGAAGGAAUCAUCAGGAGGGAAUAAACAGGAAAUCAGGAAUCCUCCAAUAAUGAUUUCCUGAAAACCUGGGAAUUUUGGGAAAGUUACCAGAUUUUUUGCAACCCUAAUGAAGACAUUUGGUAGGUGAAAGCAAACCAACAAACAGGCUUUUGUACCGCUUUAAUAACCAUUUAAAUAAGUAUUUAUGGGCAUUUGGUAAGAGCUUAAGUGGCCUGUGAACUCUGUCAGGUCACUGGGCGUGUUGGGUAACAGGGGCCGCGAACAGUUAAUGGAGGGGAAAACAUGCAGCCACCUACGUCCUGCAAAACAAUCAACCCCCUGUUAAGACAGCACUGACAUCUAGAGGGAAAGUGCCAACACACACACACAUACUGUACAUAGGCCUAUACACACACACACACGCAACCAGCCUGCUCCCUGAGUGAUUCCACAGGCACCUGUACAUUUCUGCCCUGAUCCGUCCUAGGAGACCCAGUUGAGACUGAAGGCUGUGAGGGAGUGAAGUAGUGCGCUACAGUCCAAAGUGCUUUAGACCUUGUGCGAGUAUACAUGCCCUCUGACAUUGCUGCGGCUGAACUGGCACUGUUUCACUGAACUGUAUAUAGUAACCAUUAAAACACACAGUACCUUAUUGCCACAGGAUUCCAUUUCCAGAGCCUUCAGAACACAUUUUAGACCAUUAUGAUGUGUUGUGUCCAGAUGGUUAGCCAUAUUAAAUGUAUCCCUCUUGUGAUUGUAUCAGGACUGGAUCAUUGCACCUGAGGGCUACGCAGCCAACUACUGUGACGGAGAGUGCUCCUUCCCCCUCAACGCCCAUAUGAAUGCCACCAACCAUGCCAUUGUGCAGACACUGGUGAGCACUCCAAGAAUUGAGCUAAUACGUUGCUAAUAAACUGAGCUAAGUGCUAAUAAAGAGCUGAAUCCUAAUUUCAUGAAUCCUGAAUUUUCAUGCAAAUCUCCCAUUGAUGUAAAUGUAUAUUUUGAUUUGUAAAACAAAUGUCUCAAGUGCUCACUUCACGUUAGGAAAGUGACAUUGACCCUUCAAGCUGUGCUUCAAGGGGAAUAAGUGACCUCUGACCUCUUGUUGUUGUCUCCCAGGUCCACCUCAUGAACCCGGAGAACGUACCCAAGCCCUGCUGCGCACCCACCAAGCUGCACGCCAUCUCCGUGCUCUACUUCGACGACAACUCCAACGUCAUCCUGAAGAAGUACAAGAACAUGGUGGUGAGGGCCUGUGGCUGCCACUGACAACCGCCAAACUGCCGCGUCAUCAUGGUCACCUGCUCAUGUCAAAGGUCACAGCGGAGACUGUGUGCACACGACAUCCUGGGCCUGCCUGUUUGUGAGUGGGUGUUGUGUGUGUGUACUACCCUCUCCUCUCCCGUACUCAGGGCGAGGGCGGAACUGAUAAUAGACCAGACCAACGUGCUGCUUCCCCCCCCUCCCCUCCUCUCAAAACUAAGUGGUGUUCAAGUUCUCAGACAGCUAAUGGCUCAUUACAGCAAAACAACUCGAUGGCAUCGGGGAAUUGACUCAAUGUUAUCUCAACUGUUACAUGACGUCAGAUGUAGUCAAAUGACACAAAACAUGUAGAAAUCCUUUUAUAGGACCGCAGGGGAAAGCAUUAGCCUAACUACACCAUUUUUAAUAGAGAUGUAUAUUGUGUGACUAACCAAAGCCUGAUUUUAACAUGAACAAUCUGCUGAAAUAUUCAUGAAAUCUAUGCCACAAUACAUUACAGUUAAUGUAAAGAGAUCCAGAUAUUUCCUAUUCCUCUUUAUGUAUUGUACUCAGAAGUUCUUCAGCCAUAUUCACCAGGCUUCCAAAAAUAUAAUAUGGGCCGAACGGAAACAACCACAUACUAUUUUAGUUGUGAACUCCUCAAAAUAUCUUCAUUGGGUCAAUAUUUGCCAGGCUCAUGCUGGGUGUUCACCAAGCUGGUUCAACAGGUAGCAGGUUGCGGCUUAACUGAUGGACUGCGCUAAAGAAGAUGACAUUCACCUCAUUCCUUAGACAUCCCGCAAACAGCAAUUUCCAUGUUAUUCCACUCACUGAGUUAACAUAUUAUCCCCAAAAACCUGGAGAGAAUAAAAGUGGAAAAAGCUAUUUGUUGGUCAAAUCAGCUGAUCAAAUGUUUUGGACCAGUUUUCUGAAAUUAGCUUGGGUUUGUCAUUGAUGUUUAGAUUUUGUUCAUUUCAAAGUAAUUGCAACUGUCGACGCAUUUACGGAUCGGGGCUCUAGUCAAUCCGUAUUGCGGAAGUUCAGCGUU